AUGCUAUCAAAGCUAGACGAGCUGAAGAUUCAUGCCUGUGAACUAUCUCCAGAUAUAAUUUCACUAACGGAAACUUGCUUGUCUGAACACGUAGACGACGGCAAGGUAACCAUGCCUGGCUAUCAACUGUUCAGAAAAGCCAGGGAAGGACGUCAAGGUGGUGGCGUAGCGACAUACGUGAAGAAUGGACUCACCCUUUUAGACAAAACGGAUAAACUGGCGUGUACUUCCGAGGCGAUCUGGCUGUCCAUUAAAGUACCAGGUGCAUCCAACCUCGAUGUCCUGAAACUCUACCGACCACCGAGAAGAGAUCCCGUAGUGGAGGCCUCCUUGCUAGAAGAGCUUGAAAAGAUUGCUUCACGGUCGGAUAUUCUGAUUGUGGGGGACUUUAAUGCGCCUCACAUCGACUGGGGCGCGGCCUGCGCACAUAGCUCCGAUCUAAUCUUCAACAGUUGCCUUCUGAGCAUGACUCUAAAGUUAUUUCUCACGCAACACGUCACGUUUCCGACAAGGAUGCGCGAUGGCCAACAGUCCAGUUGUCUAGACCUCAUCCUCACGAAAUCGCAGGACAGCAUCGACGAAGUGUCCGCUAGGUAA